GGUUCUGUGACGUACGUUCAACGGCCUCUUUACAGAACCGCUCGGAUCGAACUGCCGCUGGGAACGACCGCUGUCUGUUUACGUGACGACAGUCGAAGAGAUCUCGCCAGAAGAUAUGAUCGCCGCCUCAGUGCUACCUUCUUGCAGGAUUCAUCCCCAGGUGUUGAUGGAGAGGCAUGGCUCGUGUCUCACUGGACUCCGCCCCCCGAUCCCUCACCGGGAUCCCCAGCAGCGUGCUGACGGUACCCAUGGAAAAUAAGUACGAAUGCCAGCAGUGUCACCAGGUCCUCCGGAAGCCUGUCCAGGCGCAGUGCGGACAUCGCUUCUGUGUCCACUGUUUUAAACUCCUCACCAGUAACGGCCCCAAGCCCUGCCAGGCGUGCAGGCAGGAGGAGAUCUACGAGGAGCCGCAGUCCAUCCUGAACAGCAGUGAGGCAUUUGCGGACAACGCAGCAGGAAGGGAGAUCGCCAGCCUUCCUGCCAAGUGUCUGAAUGAGGAGUGCUCAUGGUGUGGAACGGUCAAGGACUACGAGGCCCAUCAUGAGAACGAGUGUGAGUUCGACCGCGUGGUGUGUGACGCGUGCCACAGCACUGUCCAGAGGAGGGACAAGGAGAAGCACAGCGAGAGGGAAUGUGAAGCGAGAACUCUCAACUGCAAGUUCUGCAAAGUUACCUUCCCUUUUAAGGAGAUCAAGGCCCACGAUGAGAUCUGCAUUAAGUUUCCCAUACAGUGCAAAGACUGCGGGAAAAAGAAGAUCCCUCGGGAAAAGAUGAGUGACCAUGCCAGGAACUGUGCCAAGUCUAAGAGCGGAUGUCCUUUCAGCGAGGUUGGCUGCAAGACAGUGAUGGAGAACGGGAAGACCCUGGGCGACCACGAGCAGGGCAGUGUGAUGGAGCACCUGCGUCUGCUGCUGGCCAUGGUGCUGUCCCUGCUGCGGCCGCGUGCCGAGGCCCCGGGGCCGGGAGAGUGGCAGGAGGACUCUGGGCUGGGCCUGUACCGGGCCCCCGAGGAGGGAGGCCUGGCCGGGGCUGGGGCAGGGGCAGGGGCCGGGCACUCUGUCAGCCUGGAGACCAAGGUGGUGGCGCUGGAGAACAUUGUGACGGUGCUGAACAGGGAGGUGGAGAGAAGCGCUCUCUCCCUGGAGGCUGCCUCACGUCAGCACCGCCUCGACCAGGACAAGAUCGAGGCCCUGAGCGGCAAGGUGCACCAGCUGGAGAGGACCCUGAACACCAGAGAGCUGCAGCUGGCUGACAGCGAACGCAUCCUGCGAGAGCUGCAACACUGCACCUACGACGGCGUGUUCGUCUGGAAGAUCUCCGACUUCGCCAAGCGCCGGCAGGACGCCACGGCCGGCAGGAUGCCCGCCAUGUUCUCUCCAGCUUUCUACUCCAGUAAAUAUGGGUACAAGAUGUGUCUGAGGCUGUACCUGAACGGAGACGGGACAGGCCGAGGGACUCACCUCUCUCUCUUCUUCGUGGUCAUGAGGGGCAAGUGUGACGCUCUGCUCAAAUGGCCCUUCAGUCAGAAGGUGACCCUGAUGUUGCUGGAUCAGAACAACAGGGAGCACAUCAUCGACGCGUUCCGUCCGGACGUCAGCUCCACGUCCUUCCAGCGGCCCGUCAGCGAGAUGAACAUCGCCAGCGGCUGCCCGCUCUUCUGCCCCCUGGCCAAACUGACGGGCAAAAGCUCGUACCUGCGGGACGACACCAUCUUCAUUAAGGCCAUCGUCGAUCUCACUGGUUUGUAGACGCGGAGUCUAUGGAGAUAAAAGAUCCAACAAUGAAAGAAUUAUUAUAUUAUUAAUGUUAUUAUUGGAUAUCAAUUAUAUGGUUUAUUUAGCCGGCUAAAGGGACUUUGUGAAGUUGGCGUGGCGCGACAGUCUCUAGUGUCAGCUCCAAGGAUGUUGUCGAGGCAGUUGGGCGUAUCGCAUCAGCAAACCCCUCAUUAAUAACAACCGUUUACCAUUAGGAUUCACUACCAGGUCAAGCCUGAAGUUCAUUACCACAAACCGGAAGUCCGUGAACUUGUAUCUUUAUUAUUUCUAGUAUGAAGACCUCCCUAGAGACUCAGCGAGACCAGCACAGUGACAGUGUGAGGGAUUCUUAUGUUUUAACUCUGCCUACAUUAAAUAUAAAAUGACUUGAUGGUUGUGAGUGUGGCACCUGUCACUAAUUUCUGCUGCAGUGACUUCAGCCUCAAAACAACAGCAAUGUUGUGGCUGAACAAUAAACAUGAUUUUUUUUUUCUUGAGGCUGUUAGAGCGCAAAAAGGAAGAUGGGAAGUUAGUAGGAUGGAUGGAAUGGAGGUGGGACAGAAGGAAGGAACGUGUGUAGAAAGUUAGGUAGCUGGGGUUGGAACAGAAAAGAGGGAGAGAAAAAGAAACCGAGAUGUGACGGAGAUGAAGGUUUAAAUGGUGAUGGAGUCUUAAAUCAUUUAAAGUAGAUAGUAUGUAAAGGAGUUAUUACUGCAGCUAAAAUAGAUAGCCGGUCCUAAGCCCGGAAAAAGAGGAAGGUUGAGUGUGGGGCUCGUCCAAUCAAACACAACCCCAGCUCUUAAAAACAAACACCCCAGCUCGUCCUUGAUCACUUUAGUCUCUCGUGUUGACAGUCGUAAGCUAAAAGACCAUCUGACUUCAACAGCAAAUAACCUGUCGGUUUCCAACUUCACUCUAAAGCCUAGGGUUGUUAACGUACAUAAUUUAGUCUCUAGUCCCUCAAUAAUCUUCUGAAUCUUACUGGCUCUAGAACAAGAGAACGAUGCACAACCCGCCUGUGCACCUCCUCGUAACAGGCAUGAGAUCAGCGAAGGCGUUGAAUGAUCACGCUGUAGCCUGCGUCCGUUCGGUGGAUGAGGGAUGGUUCCUGGGCUGGCCCUGUGGCAAGGCUGCCUAGGUACCCUGGUAUCCCUGAGGCUCCAGGUUGAUUAUGUCGAGGUUGAGACAACGCCGUCGUCACAACGCGGAAGUUGUUAUUUCGACAAACGGCAACUCAUCACCCAUAGCAACGUAACCUGAAAUUUGCUCGAAGCGAACGAGCUAGCUAGGCUAACUGUCGUUCCUUGAAACAAACAAAAUGCAAAGGCUCUGGUAAAGUCUGUCAAUGUGUCUCGACUCUCAUAUUCAUCCCAACUCUCCUACCUGGGUACUUUAGAGUGUAUCUUGAGUAGCAUUGGCCUGCAUUACAUAGUCUCAAGUAGUCUAAUAGUUUCCUUUGACUACUGUACAGUAGGCUAGUUAGCUAGUGCUACAGUAACCAUGCCUAUUAGCCGGCUAAAUAAACAAGUAAAUGAAUAAAUGACUUAAGUAUACAUAACCAAUUAUACAACUAUGUAUAUAAUGCACACAUACAGAUGUGUGGAGGUGGUCAUAUGAUUAAUAUAUUAUAACUAGCUAAAUAUAAUAUAAUAUAAAUAUUAUAUAAAUAUAUGAUGAAUAUUGAUGCAGCCAACAUGUGUAGGCUAGUAAAUAGCUAACGCUUGUAACAAAACUCACAAUAAGUAGGCUUUAUAUAUAUAACUAUAUAUACACGUUCUUAUACCAUAUCUAUCUUGAUUUGUUGUCAUCUAUUAUUAUCUAUAGUACUUUGACAUAGCUUGGGCGUGUAAGAUGAUAACUCAUAACUGUAAUGCAGCAUCAUUUUUUAUUUAGACAUCUAGUUGUAUACACCUGUAUAAAUCUUUCUUGUGACUAUGAUGAGGCUCUAUUGAUGUGUGAAUAUUUUCUCAUGUCUUUCAUUACAUUAAACUUGUUAUACUAGUUGUUCACCAUCAUUAUUUUACCACAUGUAAUAAAAAUGAUAUGGCAUGUU